GUGCUUGAGGCCUAGACGCGCUACGCGCUGGUCCUUGCCGUGGAAACGCGUCUUUGAUGGCAGCCGACAGCUUUGUUUGAUCUCGCAAAUUUGAGAGCUUUCUGUGUUGACACUCAUUUCGAGGUACUGCUGUCCUCGCUCAUCCUUCGACGUCAAAUAUUGGAGGACCACAGUGUCCGGGCUCAGAAAUGCCCUCGCGAACCAUCAGUCACGCCGAGGCCGAGACCUCGCGAAAGCGAGUGCGACGGCCAACUGUCCACGAUGACGACGACGACGACGACGACAGCGAUGUCGAAGUCCAGCAAUCAAAACCAAAAUCACAAACAGAUCCACGGAAACGGGUGCGACUUUCCGAUAUCAACGAUGACCGCCCGUCUAAACGCGGGUCUUCACCUGCGUCAUCCGAUACAGAUACAGCCGAAUGCGACUCUGGCGAGCCUGCACUGCCGCCAACUCCACAAAAGUCUCAGUAUGAACUAAUGCGAGACGGCAAUUUCGAACAUCUCCGACACGAAGCCGUGGAUGACCAGCGUGCAACGCAGCGGCUUCGCUUCCGGCCUACCCUCCUUGGGGACAAUGCCAUUGCGGAUAACGGCAUCAUUGAGAGUGUUACGUGCAUUAACUUCAUGUGCCAUCAGCGUCUCCACUGCGAGCUCGGUCCACUGCUCAACUUCAUCGUUGGGGAGAAUGGUAGCGGCAAGAGCGCUAUCCUAACCGCAAUCACCCUGUGCCUCGGCGGCAAGGCCAGUUCGACCAACCGCGGCGGCAGUCUGAAGAGCUUUGUCAAAGAAGGAUGCGAACGUUCCAUACUCGCCGUCAAACUUAAGAAUCGCGGCCAGGACGCCUACAAGCCUGACAUUUACGGCGAAUCCAUCAUCGUGGAGCGCCAUUUCUCCAAAUCCGGCGUCAGCGGCUUUAAGGUCAAGUCUGCUCUAGGUCAGAUUGUGUCAAUUAAAAAGCAGGAGGUCGACGAUAUCGUCGAGUACUACGCACUGCAGGUCGACAAUCCCUUGAACGUACUUUCCCAAGACAACGCCCGCCAAUUCCUGAACGCGUCCACCAAAACCCAAAAGUACAAAUUCUUCAUUGAGGGCGUCCAGCUUCAGCAACUAGAUAACGACUACAGGCUGAUUUCGGAGAGCCUAGAGCAGAUGGUGGCCAAAAUCCCAGAGCAGGAGGAACGCGUCAAGCACGCCAAGGAGGUCCUUGAGAAAGCGAAGCGGAUGAGAGAGGACCUGGAGGGCGACAGGCAAGCCCGACUUAAACUCCGCACGUUGCGCUUUCAGUUGGCCUGGGCGCAAGUCGUCGAGGCGGAACAAGAGCUCAAGGACAAGGAGAAGGCCGUGGCCGAAGUCGAAAUGAGGGUCGCCCAAGCUCAGAAGGAAAUGGAUGAAAAGAACAAGGCCCUUGAGGUUGCCGAUAAGAUGGUUGAGAAAGCCCAGGAAGAGCGGCGUCGCGUCGGAGAAGAGGGUAACGAGAUCCAACGGCGGGUGGAGGAUGCCAGCGACAACUAUUACAAGCUGAAAGCCGAGUUGCACCGCCUUCGCUCUGAGGAGCGCGAUGCACGCGAAACCCUGAGGAUCAAAACGGCGAACGUCAAGGCCACCGAGAAAAAAAUUGCCGAAGAGGAGCAACGUCUGGAGGCGGACAACGGCGAGGAGACUACCCGCUUGUUGCGAGAGCGGGAUGGAGCGCAAGCAGCUGUGGAGGCUAUCGAACAGGAGCUCCAAGAGACUAAAGAUCGAAAGCCAACGCUCAUAAAAAACGAGGAAGAGACCAAGGCUAAUCUGGAAAAAAUUGCCGAAGCUAUCCAGCCGAAGACAUUGGAGAUAAAACGCCUUGAGGAGAGAAUCGGGACCAUUACCGAAGCUCGUACCUCACUCUACGAGGGAUACGAGGCAGGGAUUCCUAGUCUCCUGAAGAUGAUCGAGAGCAAUGAACAAAACUUCGAGCACAAGCCGAUUGGGCCCAUGGGGAGUCACAUUCAGUUGCUCAAGCCCGAGUGGGGUCCGGUCUUGGAGAACACACUCGGCAGCAUUCUGAACGCCUUUCUCGUCACAAACAGGCGGGACGAAAAGACAUUGCGGGCUCUGAUGGACCGAGUCAAUAUCAGGAACUGCACCAUCCUUAUAUGCAACCGGCAUUCUCUCAACCUGGAUGGCAAAGAGCCUGACCCGGAAUAUGAUACCAUUCUUCGAGUGCUCAAGUUUGAUAACACGAUGGUGAGGGACCAACUCAUCAUCCACCAGGCGAUUGAGCAAGUAAUCCUAGUUCCUGAGCGACACCGGGCUCAACAGAUCAUGUUCGACGGCGCCCCGCCGCGGAACGUCAAGGCUUGUUUGACGUGGAACGAAGGCAAACGUGGCGAGGCUCUGCGCUUAGUCAACAACAACAAUAACAACAUCUCGUCUUCUCCGGUCCGGCCGAAUCCGCAUCAGAGACCUCGGAUGAAGACGGACUCGCAGUCACAGCUUGCCUUCUUGCAGGAAACGCUGUCGCAGACACAGGCCGAGCGCCGGGCGCUUGAGGCUGAAAGAAGGCGCCUCCAACAACAGUACCAGCGUUGCCUGGCGGAGAAGUCUAGCCAGGAAGUUCACAUUAAAAGACUGGAGGCGGACCGUAGGAAAGCAGAACUUGCUGUCGACCAGAUUCAAGAGAAACUGGACGAGUUUGAUGGGUCUGACAGCAAAUUACAAGCCUUGAAAGAGGAUCUGAGAGAACUCAAAGAGUCGGAACGCCACGUCGGGAUCCAGUUCGGCAUAUUGCAUAGUCAGACAGAAGCAAAGGCCGCAGAAAUGGAGGAGGCGCGCAUAAAGCACAAGGAAGCGAAAGCGGAGGCCAGGGACUAUGAGGAGCGUUUGACGAAAGCCGAGAAAAAGCUCCAGAAGGCCGAGGGCGUACGUCGCGUACGCCUCAUCGAGAAGAAUGAAAUCAUCGCGACAGAGGCCGAGCUUGCCGUGGAGAAGAAGGCUAAGGAAGACAAGCGCAAGAGGCGACGGGAGGUUGUUGAGGAGAUGACGAAGGGUGCCCAGAAGAUAAGCCCGGAGCGUGUUUACAUUCCGGAAAAUGAGACAUAUGAGAGCAUCGGCAAGCAGUAUAACACCCUCCGCAACCGACUGAAACAGCUGGAGAGUAAGCGAGGCAUGUCUGAAAACGAGGUGAUGGCGUUCUUCGAACAAGCCAAAAAGACCUACGAUACGGUCGUCGCGGACCUCGAGUCCAGCAAAAAGGUGAAUGACCGUCUCAGGGAGACGCUCAGCCUCCGCCUAGACAAGUGGCGCAAGUUUCAACGAUACAUCUCGUCGCAAUCCCGUGCCAACUUCAUCUACCUUCUCAGCGAGCGUGGUUUCCGCGGCAAGCUGCUCCUCGACCACGAGCGCAAGGCUUUGGACCUGCAGGUCGAGCCGGACAAGACGGAGAAGAGAGCGGUGGGCCGCAGCACCAAGACGCUCUCUGGCGGCGAGAAGUCGUUUGCGUCCAUCUGCCUGCUCCUGGCCAUCUGGGAGGCCAUGGGCUCGCCACUCCGUUGUCUGGAUGAGUUCGAUGUCUUUAUGGACAAUGUGAACCGGGCGAUUAGCACGAAUAUGCUGAUCACGGCUGCGCGGCGCUCGGUGAAUCGCCAGUACAUCUUUAUUACUCCCAAUGCCAUCGAGGGCCGGAACGCGCUUGACAAGGAUGUCAAGGUUAUCAGGCUCACGGAUCCUCGUCAGCGGACCCUGACUGAUUAUUGAUCCCUCUGUUUACCCGCCCUUGUUCCAGCUGGAUUCGAUUCGCUCCGUGUUGAUCUAUAUGUUUGGCUCUUGAUGAUUGCUUCUACUGAAAGCCACAAGGUUGGCUGCCACUCGGCGUCUCGGCGUCUCGGGAGUGAUGGGUGGAAGGCGCAUGUCCCAGGUGGGUAUGGGAAUGGAGGAAUUCUUCAGGUUCAGAUCGGGCAGCAUCUAGAUCCCAUGUGUUGGUGCGGCGCAAGCUGGGUUCUAGCGGAAAGGUUGUGGCAUCUCGCUCGGUCCCUCUUCGUUGUUAUAGCAUAUCUGUAUGUAUGCAGCAAGGUUCCUCGCUUGCUUGUCCUAAGCUUCUCUUCAAGUAUAAUACAAGGUUCGCGUGCAUU